AUGGUCCAAAAAUAAGGAGCAACUAUGUCCUUCUCUCAGUUCGGAUACCCCUACAGCACCACUUCACAGUUCUUCGUGCCCGCCAGCCCCAGCACGACCUGCUGCGAGGCCGCCCCUCGCUCCGGGCCGGAUGCCUCCUCGGCGCCGGCCGCCGCCUCCCUCUGCUGCGCCCCGUACGAGAGCCGGCUGCUGGCGCCCGGCCGCGCCGAGCUCAAUGCCGCGCUGGGCAUGUACAGCGCCCCGUACGCCGCCGGCCAGGGCUACGGCAACUACCUGCCCUACGGCGCCGAGCCCGCCGCGCUCUACACCGCGCUGAACCCCCAGUAUGAAAUCAAAGACGGCGCCGGCACGUUGCACUCGGGAAUCGCGCAGCCCGCUACCUACUACUCCUACGAUCAUUCCUUGGGGCAGUACCAGUACGACAGGUACGGGACGGUGGAUUUCGGUGGUUCAGCCAGACGCAAAAAUGCAACGCGAGAGACGACGAGUACCCUCAAGACCUGGCUGUACGAGCACCGCAAAAACCCCUACCCCACCAAAGGAGAGAAAAUCAUGCUGGCUAUCAUCACUAAAAUGACCCUGACGCAAGUGUCCACUUGGUUCGCUAACGCCAGACGGAGGCUUAAAAAAGAAAACAAAAUGACCUGGUCUCCUAAGAACAAAGCGGGGGAAGAGAGGAAAGAAGAAACCCCGAGGGAAGAGGAUGAAUACAGUGCGGAGGCAGAGCAGAAGAGCUACAAGGAGGACAAGGACCUGCGGUUCAGCGACCUGGAGGAGGAGGAAGAGGAGGAGGAGGAGGCGGGGAAGCCGGAGAAGGGCCGGACCAGCUCCCUGCAGGAAGCCCCCAGCCUGGGCGCGGCGCUGCCCGAGGCUCCGCGGAGCGACUGCAGCCUGCCCGGCCCCUUCCACGCCUUUCCUUGUGCCAAGGCCCCCGCCGCGGACUUCGCCCCCGCCUCCUUGGCCGCCCCGCCGCCGCCCUACGCGCCCGCGGAGAAGCCGCGCAUCUGGUCGCUGGCGCGCACUGCCGGGGCCAGCGCGGUGCGCAGGGGCAGCCCCGAGGGCCGCGGCGCGGAGGGAGGCGGCGGCGCGGCGGGGGAGCAGCCCCAGCCCGCCAAGGUCUUCCGGAGCUCCGCUUUCAACCUGCAGCCGCUCCCGCGCAGCUGCGCGUCCCACCGCGGCCUGGGGGAGCCGUGCCAGUUCGCGGCGGCGGGCGAAGGCUUCGGGCGGGGCGCCAAGGGCGGCCCGGGAGGCACCGAGCUGGGUGGGACCUGCCUGGACAGGCUGCGGACGGCGUUCCGGCCCGUGCUGCGGAGGGAAAUCAAUCUGGAAUAUCGAGUAGACUUCUGUAUGUUUACUAAAGGCUACUCAAGACGAGUGGGGCUACAUAACUGCGAGCCCUCUGGGUUUGCGACCGGAGAAGCAAUUCGUAGGGGAAAGGAGGAGCUGCAGGUCAACGCAGGGAGAUGUGACAGGGCUGUCCCCGGCCUCGGCCCCGGUAACAGCCGCGGCCCUUGCCGGGAGCAGAGCAGUCGCGGCUGCGGCGGCACUGUGAAAGAAGGCAAAUUUGGUCGGGCUUUGGAGGAUCCGGGGAGGAAAGGGAGGGGGAGGGUUCUUGCAAGGCGACUUUUCCGCCCUCCGCUCCCACCGGAGAGGACAGGUAUAAUCUGCCUUGGGAACACAUGUGCAGGUUUCCCACGCGUGUCCGCACGGCAGAGCCAGGCCGGUCCUCCCUCCCGGCUGUGUGCCGGCCGCCUUCGCCCAUCCCGCAGGGGAGCGACCCGGCUUCCUCCCGUUCCGUUUCCCGGCGGCUUCGGCAGAGCUCCCCGGGAGGCAGCUCCUGAGGUGCUCACGGGACACGAAACCUGCACAGACCCCGGAGCCCGGGGACGGCCGGGAGCUCCCCUGAGCUGCCGGCUCUGCCCCCGGCCCUGGAAUCCCCCGGCCGCCAAAGAGCCGCGAAGCCCGCCGGGGGAGUUAAUUAGGCGGGUGCAGGCCUCGGGCUCUCUUUAG